GGGGGCGGCAUGCAAGAUGGAGGCGCAGCAGCUUUUCCUCCCUCUCAAACUUAAAGGGGCGGCUAUCAUAUCUCGAGAGCUGUUGGAAGGAGGAGAACAGCUUGAUCUGCAGCAGUGUAUACGGCCGCUUGUCGCUUGUUGGCAAGACCUCGAAACAGAGGUCUAAAUUGCUGAGCGGAUUGGUGGUUGGGCGUGUUUUAUGCUUGUUCAGGCUUGCUGGACAACAAGAGAAUCCUCAAAUUCAGUGUGAACAAACUGAACUAACACUUGGGAUAUUGCGGGGUUGAAAGUGUGCACGCUUAAUGCAGCAAUUCUUGCUGACACUUGAGAACCAUGGGUAUAUCGGAGGACGAGGGGGAGGGUUUUGAGGACUUCACACUUGCAUCCCCCUGGGAAAAGUUGCUGGACGGGUUUGAGAAAGCAGUAAGGGCAUGGCAGGCAGCGGACGGAGGGGUUCAGGCUGGUGCGAGUACUCCCCAUUUGGUACACCUAGAGUACGCCGGGCAGAAGCUUUUCUUGAGGCGCCACGUCAUAGCACCUCAAGCCUCAGGUGGAGGCACAGCUCCCGAUCCCUGGGGCGCAGAGCAUCCCCUUCAGCUGCAGUUUGGAGUAACUGACUUUCUGAUAUGUGGACCGGCAGAGGGGAAGAUUGGAUCGGCCUUGGCCAGUAUGCUUCUCAGCACGGCAGCUGUUGGCCUUGCUAACGCUGGCAGUUCCCUCCCAGCGUUUAUACCAUUGCCGAACUUGGAAACCGCUGGGCAUCGGGGCAUCGCCGUCCGGACGUCCGUGGGCCUGGUCCAAUAUUUGGACACUGAGCGGACGGUGCAUAAGGCCCCCGCGCCACACCCGGAGCUGCCCGCCCUUGUAGACUCUUUGCGCGGCCGAAUGCGCCUUCUCGGAACGGCCCCCGACCCCGUCGCCCUCCACAUCAGCAUGCGCCAAACCUUCGAAACCCCGGGGCUGGCCUUGGGGGAUCCCUCCGGUCGGUCCGAAGCAGCGGGCCAAGCGGGUGGAGACGGGGAAGACGGGUUCUGGGACGACGACACGCCCUGGGCGGCAUGGCGUAACCUAGACGACCCGGUGCGAGGCUUCCGUGUGUCCGCCUCAUGGCCUUUCCUGUCCGCAGCCGGUCCGAAAGAUGUCCGAGCGAUUGAGGUCAAGCCGGCGGGGUCAGCCGCAGAGUGGCGCCUCGAGCCGGUUUUUGACACGACACACAGCGGAGCAGUCACCGCUGAGGGGGAGGCCAGCGGCUUCGCCAGCUCGCUCCGGGCGCUUUCCAUCGCGUAUCUGUGCACAAUCGGCACCAAGUUUAUGGACGACUUUGCGCAUUCCAACCUGACCGAGCGGAACGAGAUGUGGGCCCUCCGUCGUGCCUUCGACGUCCCCGGCUCCCUCUUUCAGAUCCCGCCCCCGACUGCUAUCAUUCGAAGCGUUCAGAAGCUCUUUGAUGAAGAUUCCCCUCUGCCGGAAGCACCCCCGGCCGCAGGCCGACCCCUUCACCUUCCCUGCAAAGCAGCGCCUCCAGGGUCCCUAUUUGCACGCUUCAGUAUGCAGGCGCUUCGCUCCCCCAGAAUACAAGCUGUAGCGGCGCUGUGGACACAGCUGGUGCAGGAGGUCCGGUGGUUCUGGGAGGAGGCGGAGCCGCUUCCCCACGUCGCAGCUGACGGGCCGCCCGAUCUCGCGUGCUGCCUCGUGCACCAAAAGCUGCAAAUGCUGGCAGCGUGCAUCAGGAAGCGCGCAGCGGACCCGGACUUCCGGCGGAAGAGCAGGCGGACGUCCGAGCAACGGACUUCGCCAGCGGACGACGUUUCGGACCGAGACACGCCCGACGAAAGCGACAGUCACGGGAGAGAAGCUGCAGAAGGGCCGUCAAGAGGUGGCGGCGACGACUGGAACUCCGCCCCCGGCUGGGAGGACGCCGACUUUGAAGAAGAGCGCGCGUCGGAUGCUACGGACGCUGAUGUCACUGCUGACGCCCGGAAACAGUCCGCCGACCAACCAGAAACGGACACGUUAGCAGCCUCGGUUUUCGACUGCUUUCGAACGCAGGAGGAAGCGGCGUCGGAGGCGAGUGCGGACACGCAGUACGACAGCUGUUCGGACACGGAGGUGUUCGAGUCGGGGGGGGGCUAUUCGCCCACAGAACCGUCCACCCUGAGUGCGGGCGGGCGUCCGAGUUGGGCGCAUUCGCCGGGAGGCGCGUCCGAAGUGGUCCGGAAGCGCGGGAAAGAGAAGGAUUGGAGGGUCCGGGGAAACUUUGGGGGGGGUGAAAAAGGGCCCGGGCAGAGGGGGCGGGACGAGGAAGAUAUGGACGGACGGGAAGGGUCGCUGGGCCCCGUGAAGAAUCUGUGGCUGUUGAAAGUGAAGCGGAGGAUACACGAGCCGAUAACACAGGAGCCCCCCUACAUGACGGAAGACAUGCUGCGGGAGCAAGAGACAGCGCUGGCAGCGCUCAGCAGCUUCGAUCAGGGGAAGGACGCCUUGGCGCGUCUGCAUAGCCGCAUGCUGAGCUCUGACAUGUCCGCAUUCAAGGCCGCCAACCCUGGCGCCCUUCUGGAAGACUUCGUCCGCUGGCAUUCUCCUCGGGACUGGCUCCCGGAGGAUUCCGAAACCAGAACCGGAACCGGAACCGGAACCGGAACGAGCUCCUCGGAAGGAGUGCCCGGUUGGCCCCCCCAGGGAAAGGUCUCCCGGCGGAUGCAGGCCGACAGUUUUUGGGGGGAGCUGUGGGAACGCGCCGAGGCGCUUCCGGUCACCGAUCAGCGGCCGCUGUUCGAUCACACGAGGGAAGCGGAAAAGGUGUUACACUACCUGGACACGAUCGAACCUCAGGACCUGCUACCCCAGAUGCUCGCCACCGCUUUUUACUCCGCUCUAGAUCUCCUGGCCGCGGCUCGGGGCGCGUCCGUGCCAACCGUGUCCGAACUGCGCAAAGCGCUGGCGUCCGAAAUGUCCGGUGCUUUGGAUCUGGGGCUGUUACAGCAGCAAACGAAAGACGAGUCCACAGGGAUCCAGAGCUCUCUCGAGGCGCUCUGCAACCGGUUCGAGGAACUGGAAGCCCUCAUCGUGCGCGCGGCGUCUCUCAGCCACAAGCUCCCCGGGCGUCCGCAGCUCGUGUCGGAAUUGCUGUCCGCCGUUCAACUUUCCAACCGGGGGGAUCCCCCAAGUUCGUUAAAAGUGGAGUCUCUACCGGCAGCCCAAGAAACUUCCCCAGGUGUAGUGAUCGAUCUGGCGACACAUGAUGACCGGAACCGAGCAGCUUUGAUCGCCGGGAUCCCGGAGCUUUUCUCGGACCGGCGGGCGGGGAGCGGGCAUCCGGGGAAAGAGGCGUCCGAAAGGGGCGGAGUGGUGUCGAUCGGACGGCGGCCGGCCACAGUCGAGUACGUUCUGGUUCAGGGUUUGCACGGCUGUAAAGAUAGUGGGGAAACACGGCUGGAGCCUAGCGUGGUGUUGACGGAUCGAAUGUAUGUCCGCAGCACGCCGUCGACGCUUCUGAUGACAACGGCGUUUUGGAAGCCGCCAUGGCCCGGAUCUUAACGAUCAUAGUACAGCCUAGGGCAGUUGUAUAAAAUCACGGGUCAUGCGCAAAACCAUAGUCAGCUGGUAUUCGAUCAAUUAUAAAAUGCACGAACAAGGCCAACGUUGGCGAAGGCAGGCUACUAGGCUAUGAUCGGACACGAUGAAAUGUCUGAGUCUGUUACUUAGUGAGCACCGUGGGUCGAUGCGGGAUCGAUCGGAUCAGAUCAUGCAUAUAGAGUAUUGUCGACCGUCGAGGACAUCUAUCUCAAGAGAAUGAAGUAGCGCACAACCGUCCGCAUUGCAACAGUACGUGACUUGAACUAUAUCGAUUGCGUGCCGGUCAG